AUGGAAACAAACAACCAUUUUAACUUCACUGGCCUUUCCUCUGCACCCGCUGCCUCAGGACCGAAACCCACGCCUGCCUCAGGGGACAGCCCCUUCGCCCACAGCUCCCCGCUCAGCUUCCCCCCGCAAGGGAAAAGUCUGAACGGGGGCAUGAAUGUCAAUGGCUUCUCUACUGUAUCUCACCCCAGUACUUCAGGGACCUUCACCCCCAGCUCACCGCCCGCUGGCACACCGCCCCUCCGCACCUACGACUGCCUCUGGGACUACGCGCCGUACCCGCCCGCCGGCGGCAUCAAGGACAGCAGCCCCACCGCCCCCCCGCUCUCUGGCCUCGGACAGUUCCCACUCAACGGCGUCUCCGGGGGAUCCCGGCCGGCGUCCCCGGGGCACGGCACUAACCUGCGGGGGGCCGGGCAGGAGUUCUGGGGCAACGGCACCCCCGGCCCCAUGGGGCUGAACUUCGACUCGCAGGAGCUGUACGACUCCUUCCACGACCAGAGCUUCGAGCUGAUGCAGAACGGGCCGGCCGGCUUCUACACGGCCGCCCAGCCCUCCCCCAUGCUGGGCUCUGGCACCCAGCCCUUCUCACUGCCACCGGGCCCGCCGGAGGAGCCGGGUGCUGGCGAGGGAGAUGCUGACGCCGCAGCCAAAGAGAUCCCCCCCGCCAUCACGGAGAACGGGGGCGGGCUGGUGGGCAGCAUGGAGCUGGAGGAGGCGCAGCCAGACUUGAAGAUCUGCAGCUACAACGGGUCUGCCCCCGGCGUGGUGCCGCUUGGGCAGGAGGGGCCUGUCCUGGCCCCCGGCGUGGGCAGUGGCUGCCUGGGGGACGCGUCGCCUAUCGCCCCUCGGCUGGAGGACGCCCACAUCCUGAGCGAAGACCCCCUGGAGCCCUUCGAGUCCCUGGCCAGAGACGGCAGCGUCGACCUGAACGGCAGCAGCCACACGGGGCCAGAGGAGUCGGGGUCCCUGGAGCUCGACCCUCCGCUGGAGCCGGAGUCCCCGGCUCCGUCCGCAGAGGAGGAGGAGGAGGAGAAAGAGGCCGCCGACAGCUGUCCGGAGACUUCGGCUGCGCCAGAAGGAGAGAGCGAGGAGGCCGCCCCGCUGAGCGCCUCAGCAGCAGGUGAUGUCCCCCGCCGGCGCAUCGCCACCCAGGAGGAGGUGCGCUUUCCCCUGCAGCAUGGGUGGAGGCGGGAGGUGCGGAUCAAGAAGGGGAACCACCGCUGGCAGGGUGAGACCUGGUACUACGGGCCCUGCGGGAAGAGGAUGAAGCAGUUCCCAGAGGUGAUCAAGUACCUGAGCAGGAACGUGGUGCAGGACGUCCGGCGCGAGCACUUCAGCUUCAGCCCCCGCAUGCCGGUGGGAGACUUCUACGAGGAGCGGGACACGCCGGAGGGUCUGCAGUGGGUGAAGCUGAGCCCCGAGGAGAUCCCCUCACGUAUCCAGGCCAUCACGGGCAAGCGUGGACGACCCCGCAAUGCCGAGAAGGCCAAGCCCAAGGAGCCACCGGCUGCAAAGCGUGGCCGGGGCCGACCUCCCAAGGUCAAGAUGGUUGACUUGCUGAGCAAGACGGACGCACGGCUGCUGAAGAGGCUGGAAGCCCAAGAGGUGCUCAGCGACGAGGACAAGCUGAAAAUGAGCAAAAUCAAGAAGAAAAUGAGGCGGAAGGUACGAGUGGCUGCAUGGGGCUCGGGGUCCCUGAGCUGGUCUUGUCCCUUCCAGGCCAAGAACAAGCAGAAGCAGGAAGCCAAAGCCCCGAGAGCGAAGGAGGCUAAGAAGAAGUCCAAGGCCAAGGAGAAGAAGGGCAAACCAGAGAAGGGGAAAGACAAAGCGCGGCCCAAGGAGAAGAAGGGCAAAGGGGCUCGAAAGGCUGACAAGGGCCUGCUGGCCCAGCGGCGCCUGGAGGAGCGGCGGCGGCAGCAGCUCAUCCUGGAGGAGAUGAAGAAGCCCACGGAGGACAUGUGCCUGGGGGACCACCAGCCCCUGCCAGACUUCUCCCGCAUCCCGGGCCUCGUCCUGCCCAGCCGCGCCUUCUCCAACUGCCUGACGGUCGUAGAGUUCCUCCAGAGCUACGGCAAGGUCCUGGGCUUCGACCCGGCCAAGGACGUGCCCAGCCUGUGCGCACUGCAGGAGGGGCUGCUGGGGGUGGGCGACAGCGCGGGCGAGGUGCAGGACCUGCUGGUGCGGCUGCUGCAGGCUGCGCUCUACGACCCUGGGCUGCCGCCCUACUGCCAGUCCCUGAAGAUCCUGGGGGAAAAGGUGUCGGAGAUCAGCCUGAACCGUGACACCGUCUCCGAGAUCCUGCGCUGCUUCCUGAUGGCAUACGGGGCGGGCGAGGACCUGUGCGAUGGACUGCGGACCAAGCCCUUCCAGGCGCUGCCCCCGGAGAAGAAAGCCGCCAUCCUGGCCUUCCUGGUGAACGAGCUCAACAGCAGCGCCCUCAUCAUCAACGAGAUCGACAAGACCCUGGAGAACAUGUCCAACUACAGGAAGAACAAGUGGAUCAUCGAGGGCCGGCUGCGCAGGUUGAAGGUCGCCCUGGCUAAGAAGACGGGCCGUCCCGAGUCGGAGAUCACGGGCCUGGAGGAUGGGCGGCGCCGGCGCAGCUCCCGCCUGACGGAGGAGACGGGCCUGGAGAUGGAGGAGGAGGAGGAGAGCCGCGGACGGAAAUCCCGCAGGGAGGAGGAGGCCGACACGUCUGCAUCCAGCGUCCCUGAGCUCGAGAGGCAGAUCGAGAAGCUGGCCAAGAGGCAGAUGUUCUUCCGCAAGAAGCUGCUCCAUUCCUCGCAGACGCUGCGGGCGGCUUCUCUGGGCCAGGACCGGUACCGGCGGCGGUACUGGGUCCUGCCCCACCUGGGCGGCAUCUUCGUGGAGGGCGCGGAGGUGGCUGAGCCGGCACCCCAGGAGCCCCCGGAGGAGAAGGCAUCCCCCCACGUCUCCCCAGUAAAGGAGGAGCCGGUGGAAGUGCCCAUUCCCAGCCGGACAAACUGCACGGCCUCGCGCUCCCGUGGCCGGCCCCGGAAGAGCAAAGAGGAGCUGUCGCAGCACUGCGGGCCCAGACCCCCCCCUGUCAACGGGGUCCUGGAGGAGUCGGUGCCCCUGGGGCAGAGCCAGCACGACCUCAGCCAGUCCGCCUUCCUCUCCUGGCUGAGCCAGACGCAGUCGUCCCUGCUCAAGGACUCCGUCCUUACCCCGGACAGCAGCCCCGGCAAGGGGGACACGGGGCUCCCGCCGCUCGAGGCCCCAUCGGACCCCGCAGAGGAGGAAGAGGAGGAGGAAGAGGAGGAGAGUGCCCCAGAGGCUGCACAAAAGCGGGAGCCCUGGUUCAACCUGCUGCCCCGGACGCCCUGCGACGACCGAGCCCCCCUCGCUACCUCCUCCACCGAGCCCUCACUGCGAGCCGCUGCGCAGCCCCGCGGCCAGCCCCGUGGCGAGCCGCCCAAGGGCUCGGCCAGGCAGCUGAACGGCCUCCCCGCAGAGGACCCCAUGGCUCCCCUGCUGGCUUCCACGCCGGUGCACGCCGGCGCCAGGGCCCAUGGCGCCUGCCCCAGGAGCCGGGGCAGCCUGGAGAAGCUCCAGGACCUGCCGGGGCAGCCUAAGCGCCGAGGGCGGCCCCCUACCAAAUUCUUCAAGCAGAUUGAACAGAAAUACUUGACCCAGCUGACGGAGCAGCCUGUUCCCCCUGAGAUGCAGAGCGGCUGGUGGUGGCUGCAGGACCCCGAGGAGCUGGAGGCGGUGGCUCGUGCGCUGCACCCACGGGGCAUCCGGGAGAAGGCGCUGCACAAGCACCUCACCAAGCACAAGGAGUUCCUGCGGGAGGUCUGCCUGCGCACCACCACGGACCCCAUCUUCCACCUGCGCCCCGAGGCGGCCAACGCCACCGUGUCUCGGGAAGCCCUGGCCCAGUGGUCAGUGAUGGAGAGAGCCUACGAGACCGACCUCUCCGUCCUGCAGUGGGUCGAGGAGCUGGAGCAGCGCGUGCUGAUGGCGGACCUGCAGAUACGGGGCUGGACGUGCCCCAGCCCCGACUCCACGCGGAAUGACCUGCAGUACUGCGAGCACAAGGUGGAGCCCCUGGAAGACAUCACCGUCCGGAGCCGGCGGGACGGGCUGCCGCUGUGCCGGGAGCGCACCAACCCCCUGGACCUGGCGGUGCUGCGGCUGGCAGCACUGGAGCAGAACGUGGAGCGGCGCUACCUGAAGGAGCCGCUCUGGCCCCUGCACGAGGUGGUGGUGGAGAAGGCCGUGCUGAGCAGCCCCGAGGAGCUGAGCCUGGGCCCCACCGAGAUAGCCUACGAGAUCACGCCCCGGGUCCGGACGUGGCGGCAGACGCUGGAGAGGUGCCGCAGCGCAGCCCAGGUCUCCCUCUGCAUCUACCAGCUGGAGAAGUCCAUCGCCUGGGAGAAGUCGGUCAACAGAGUGACCUGCCUGGUGUGCCGGCGCGGGGACGACGACGAGCACCUGCUGCUGUGCGACGGCUGCGACCGUGGCUGCCACCUCUACUGCCACCGGCCCAAGAUGACGGAGGUGCCAGAGGGUGACUGGUUCUGCUCCGUCUGCGUCUCCCAGGCGGGGGAGUACCGGGACCCCGUCUCACCCCGGCGAGGCAAGAAGCGGAAACGGGGGCGUCUCUUCGGGGGGAGCCUCGCGGAGGAGGAGGAGAGCCCGCGGCGCCGGCCGGCCUUGCGCCGCCGCGAGGGGCUGCCCCGGGCCCCCCACCUGUUUUUUUUGGGCCGGAUCAUCCUGAUGGAGAUGGAGUCGCACGAGGACGCCUGGCCCUUCCUGGAGCCCGUCAACCCCCGCCUGGUCCCCGGCUACCGCAAGAUCAUCAAGAACCCCAUGGACUUUGCCACCAUGCGCACGCGGCUGCUGCGGGGCGGGUACUCGACCUCAGAGGAGUUUGCGGCCGACGCCAUGCUGGUGUUCGACAACUGCCAGACCUUCAACGAGGACGACUCGGACGUGGGCAAGGCCGGGCACGCCAUGCGCAAGUUUUUCGAGAGCCGGUGGGAGGAGUUUUAUCAGGGAAAACACGCUACUAACCC